CAAUGAGCGUUACUGCCGCGCGCAGCUCGUAAAGCCGGCAGCGUCUGCUCUCUGAACGACAGCAAAAGCAAACACCGCCGCUCGGCAGCGAGGCCGCCCUUCAUCUCUGGAGUUGGUGUUUGCCCCGCACAUCAGCCCGGGGGGGAGAGGGCGCCGCGCCGCAAGCUCCGGCCUCCUCCUGCCUUCGCGGGGUUCAUGGUUUCGGGGGCUGGUUUUGCUUUUCGCCGCUCCCCCCGCCGCGCCGGCCCGGCCCGUUUCCGGGUGGCGCCGCCUCCGCCGCCGGCCGCGGCUCCGCGCCGCCUCGGCUGCAGGUGCCCGCCGCGCCGCUCCGCUGCCCGCCGCAGCUCUUCCACUUGCCACCGCCCUGGGGGGAAAGGCUUUGAGAAGAUGGAGAACCAGAGGGGAGCACUCUUGGGAUACAGCCGCUGGGAAGGAGAAGAGGAGGAGGACGAGGAGGAUGGAGUGGCUCCUGGUGCUUCUCCUUCCAGCCAAACGAGUGAACUGGAGGAUGUGCAGGUGGAGAUGCUCGAGAAGGCAAGGGAGCUCUUCCAGCUGUGUGACAAGGACGAGAAGGGCUAUAUCACCAAGGUGGACAUGCAGCGGCUCCAGAAUGAACUCCCCCUUACGCCUGAGCAGCUGGAGACUGUUUUUGACAGCUUGGAACAGAACAAUAAUGGAUACCUGACGCCUGUGGAGUUCAGCAUGGGACUAGGGAAGUUAAUAGGGAUUGAAUUGUAUCAAGGAGCUGGGAGCACAAAUCACUCCAGGCACGAGGAGACCUUUGAGUCAGGCUGGUCAGAUGACUUGGACCCGGCAGAUGAUGAUGAAGAGAAACGAUUCUGUUCCAUGAUGGAGCAGCUUGGAGCAGCCCAAGUGUUUGACGAUCCAAGCGAGGUUCGGGAGCUCUGGGCCCGGCUACGAAAGGAGCGUCCAGAGCUCUUGUCCAAUUUUGAGGAGUUCCUGUUGCGUGUUUCAUCGUACAUCAGGGAGGCGCAUCAUGAGAAAGAGUCUAUGGAGCAGGCAUUGAAGCGAAAAGAGACAGACCAUGACCGAGAAGUCAGGUGCCUUUAUGAAGAAAUGGAGCAACAGAUCAAAGCAGAAAGGGAGAGGCUGAUCUGCCAGGAAGCACUGAGACAUGACAGGAGUAACCUGCUUCAGAAGAAACUGCAUAGCAAAGAGCAGGAGCUAGAGAAAAUCCUCUACCGCCAGAAGAAGCUGGAACAUCAGCUACAGUCUCUGAACUCAGAGCAGCUGGAGACCCGAGUGCAGAAUGAAAGGCUCCGGCACCUGAAUGAAAACCUCCUGGAAGAGCUGGAGAAAAGCAAAUGGGAGCUGGAGGUGGCAAAGGGGCAAUUACAGAAGCUCCAGAAAGAGGCCCAGCUUGAACAGGAGCAGAAGGACAGGGAUGUGUUUAGAGUCUCCAAGAACAUGCAGAAAGAGAAACAGAGCCUCCUCCGACAGCUGGAGCUCCUCAGAGAGAUGAACAAGAAACUUCGAGAUGAGCGAGACACUUUUGAAGCCAAGAAGCUGGCACCUCAGAGCAAAAAGCUCCUGUUGAAGAAAGGGUCAGUGCUAGGCAGUUACCUGCUGGACGACAAGCCGGUCAAACGACAACUGGCUUCUGCGGACCUUCCCUUCACCUUCCCUGCGGAUGUGGCAAUGGAAGAACCCAACAGGAAGAACUGUAAAUACUUCCCAGGCAGUGGGACAGAGUUGAAGGUGGGAAAAGGCACGAACUUUGGGGAGAAGAGCGGAAAUGAGGAGAGAUGGUCAGCGGCAGCAGAUACUGAGAGGCUGAAGAUGACUUUGAAGAGUGAUGUGGACUGUAGAAAAACAGCAGAUGGAUCGGAUGAUGCUCCAUUGCCUCCCAGAGGACAGCCCAUUGGCACAGAAACCAGGCUCCAGGCACUGGAAACAGCCAGUCGUUCCCCAGAUCGCAUGUUUAAAGUGGUGUUUGUGGGCAACUCUGGCGUUGGGAAGAGUUCCUUCAUACACCGCUUUUGCUAUGACAGGUUCUUGGCGGACCUCAACGCAACCAUUGGUAUUGAUUACCAGGUGAAGAGUGUGAUGGUGGAUAACACCCAGGUUGCCUUACAGCUUUGGGAUACGGCUGGACAAGAGAGGUUUCGGAGCAUCACCAAGCAAUAUUUCCGGAAGGCGGAUGGGAUCCUGGUGAUGUACGACAUUACAGCUGAGUGCUCCUUCACGGCAGUGCGGAACUGGAUGAGCAGUGUCCAGGAAGGUAUCGAGGAUGGAGCUGUGAUCUUUCUGCUUGGAAAUAAAACGGAUGCUGUGCCGAGAGGGGCCCGGAGCGUGCCCAAGGUGGAGGGGGAAAGACUGGCAAAGGAAUGCAAGGCUGUCUUCUACGAGUGCAGCGCAAUGACUGGCUAUAACAUCAUGGAGCCCAUGCUGCACAUGGCCAGGUUACUGACAGCACAGGAAGACAGGCAGAGGGAGACUGCCCUGCAGCUGGAAGAUGUCAGCAGGAGGAAAGGGUGCUGCACCUAAGGCACGUCAGUAAGUCAGCAGGAGACACAUGCCAACACUGGUGCACAAAGCUGGGCUCCUUUCGAGCAGGCUGAAUCUGAUGGUAUCAGCUCUGCAGAGACUCGGGGAAGGUGCAAGUUUCCCCCAGCUGGGAGUGUCAGGGGACUAAAUCAGGACAAAAUGUACAUAUUAUCUGUACAGUUCCAUUUCCCACUUUUGCACAGAGCCCUGAUCUCUGGAGGCCUCUGCUGCUUUGGAGGAGCUCUGCUGGUAUUGGUUAAUGGCACAAACUGGGCCUUCUUUCUCUAGCAGUCACUUCUCUGUAAAAUGAUGAAGUCUUGUUCCUUUUGUGUCUGGCAAAGAUGUGGCCUAUCAGCAGAGAGUGGACAACAGACAUCGUGGGCAUUGUUUUAAAUAUAAGAUGUUAUUGUUCAACUGUGUAAGAAAUAAAGAGAUUAUUUUAAAUUU